CAGUGCGUGUGUGUGUGUGGAGUGCUAACAUGAAGUGGGUGGCGGUGCUGACGGUGGUGGGAUGCCUGGUGGGGACACUUGCUCGUCCACACAGCGUCUUUCACUACGAGAAGGAUGGGUUGGAGAACGAGCAGAACGGCACCCCAGGACAAGCAGUCAGGGGAGAAUACGAGUGGAGGGCGCCAGAUGGUGAGGUGGUGGAAGUGACCUACAUCGCUGACCAUCUGGGCUUCAGACUCGUAGAUGACAUCGAUACCACAGAGCCGCCAGCACAGGCUAACCCAAGUUUAGCCACAGAGAGGGUCAACACAGAAGAAGGCGCUGAAGAGGAAGAAGAAAUGGAAGAAGAAGAGACCGAAGAACAAGAGCAAGAAGAGGAUGAAGAAGAGGAAGAGGGGAGCGAAGAAGAGGAGGAGGAAGAGGGGCACGAAGAAGAGGAAGAGGUGAAAGCA